AUGGUGGGUUUGCUGAAGAAGACCACUGGCCAUGUGGGAUUGGCUGCAAGUGACAAUCCACACAAGCAAUCAGAUGUUAAAAAAUUGGAAGACCAGCUUCAAAGUGGUCAAAUAGAAGAGGUGAUUCUUCAGGCUAAAAGUGAAAUAAGUCUGGUGAGAAAAAUGAUACAGUGGAAAACAUGGGAGUCUUUAAUGGAAGAACCUCCCACCAAUCAAGGAAAAUGGCCAAUAUUAUCAUCAUUAAAUGACUUUGGUGUGUUGAUGGAAAAAUGGUGUAAUUAA